GUGAAACACGCAGCCGAGCCGAGCCGGAAGCAGCGACCAGUCGGGACCCGUAGGGAGAGGCGGGAAGCGGCGGCGGCGUUGGCGCUGACUGUGGUGGCUGUUGUGGAGAGGCUUCACCGCAGGGGCGACGCGGCUGGCGCUGCAGCGGCUCGCUCAGGCCGUGGGUUGUCGCUGCAGACGUGGGCAAAAGAGGGAACGACGACUCAGCGAGCGCACUUGACAGAGCAAGGAGGAGGGGAAGGGAUUUUGGAGACACCCCGCGUCUUCCUUCUCGAAUUUCUCUCGGUCCUUGUCAGUUGACUCGUAGCCUAAAAUGCAUGGUCACGGAGGCUAUGACUCUGAUUUUAGUGAUGACGAACACUGUGGAGAAUCUAACAAAAGGAAAAAAAGGACAGUUGAAGAUGAUUUACUACUUAAAAAGCCAUUUCAGAAAGAAAAACAUGGAAAGGUGGUUCAUAAACAAGUUGCAGCAGAAUUGCUGGAUAGGGAAGAAGCAAAAAAUAGAAGGUUUCAUCUCAUAGCUAUGGAUGCUUAUCAAAGGCAUACAAAGUUUGUAAAUGACUAUAUUUUAUAUUAUGGUGGCAAAAAAGAAGACUUCAGACGAUUGGGGGAAAAUGAUAAGACAGACAUGGAUGUUAUACGAGAAAAUCAUAGAUUCCUAUGGAAUGAGGAGGAUGAAAUGGACAUGAAUUGGGAGAAGAGACUUGCAAAGAAAUACUAUGAUAAGUUAUUCAAGGAAUACUGCAUAGCAGAUCUCAGCAGAUACAAAGAAAAUAAGUUUGGAUUUAGGUGGCGAGUAGAAAAAGAAGUAAUUUCAGGAAAAGGCCAGUUUUGCUGUGGAAAUAAAUGUUGUGAUGAAAAAGAAGGCUUAAAGAGUUGGGAAGUUAAUUUUGGUUAUACUGAGCAUGGUGAAAAAAGAAAUGCACUUGUUAAAUUAAGAUUAUGCCAAGAAUGUUCCUUUAAAUUAAAUUUUCAUCACAGGAGGAAAGAAGUCAAGUCAAAAAAAAGAAAAGAUAAAGCCAAAAAAGAUUCCGAAGAGUCAACACACAAAAAAUCCAGAUUAUCUUCUGCAGAAGAGACCUCUAAGACAAAGGAUAAAGCGCAUUCAUCCUCAGUGAAAUCAGAAAGUUCUGUCAACAGAAACUCUGAUGAGGAAGAAAGUGCUUCAGAGUCUGAACUUUGGAAGGGCCCACUACCAGAGACAGAUGAAAAAUCACAGGAAGAAGAAUUUGAUGAAUAUUUUCAAGAUUUAUUUCUGUGAGAUGAAAGAGGGAUGCCUACAUUCCUUAAUGUGAAGUAUACUUUGAAAUUCUUCACAAAAGUUUUGUCUACAAGUUGCAACUUGAAUGUUUGUCUUUGGAAAUAAAAGAUCCAUCUAGGAUGGAUUGUCAGAUGCUUUGAAAGUA